AUGUCCGGUACGUCGUGGGUCGAGUCUCCAAACGCAAAGGAGACCGCACUUGCUCUUGUGCUUGGAAACGGUUCAAACAGGAUUCUCUGGGAGGAAUGCCGCCUCGCUUGGGAUACCUGUGAUCUCCUGGACGAGCCCAACUCCGGGCAGCACUUUGACGGAAUGGCUGCCUUCGGAGUCCGAGGCAGAUGCAAAACGCCAGCUCACGAGAUCCUCGAUUUCCAGCUCCGAUCCACCGUGUUCCCCGAGACCCCCUUCCCGUAUCGGCUGCAUGCGAUAGCGGCUCCUGUCGAUCCGACACAGAUGGGCAAUAACGCUAGUGGCUUUGGCCAGGGUGGCAGGAAUGAGGUCGAGAUUGUUCAGCCUGGCCUGGGAGGGGACCACGCGCAGCUGAUGCACCUCCGCGAGAUGGUUGGGUCCCUGACGUACCGCGCGCGAUCGAUGGGUCUGGAAGGAGCAAUCAAGUGGUUCAUGACGCUUGGCCGAGUUCCGGUGGACUCGGGCAAUCAAUCUCCGUUUCCCAAUGGGGUGUCCACUGCGGUUGCGGCUUCCUAG